AUGGCCUCGAGACUGGUCCCAUUUGCAUACCGGAGUGCUCCGCGCGCCUUCCGCCAGAUCCAGAGGACUCAAUGGCGGCCGUUUAGUGUUUCGCGAACGGCGUGGAACGAGAGUGGCUCGCUCAAUGUUCAUCGCGACACGCCCGAGAACAACCCGAACAUUCCCUUCAAAUUCACCGCUCAGAAUGAGCAGCUCAUCGACGAAAUCGUCUCCCGGUACCCCUCGCAAUACAAGAAGGCCGCGGUCAUGCCUCUGCUGGAUCUGGGACAGCGCCAGCAUGGAUUCUGCAGUAUCAGUGUCAUGAACGAGGUAGCGCGGCUGUUGGAGAUGCCACCAAUGCGCGUCUACGAGGUUGCGACUUUCUACACAAUGUACAACCGGGAUCCGGUCGGCAAGUUCCACGUCCAGGUCUGCACAACGACCCCAUGUAUGCUCCGUGAUAGCGACGCAGUCAUGAAGGCAUGUGAGGACGAACUUGGCAUCCACCACGGCGAAACCACAAAGGACGGCCUGUUCACCAUGACCGAGGUGGAAUGCCUCGGCGCCUGUGCCAAUGCGCCCAUGGUCCAGAUCAACGAUGACUACUACGAGGACCUCACAUACGACUCGACCGUCGCUCUAAUCAAGGCCCUAAGACAUGCCGCACAAGCCACAGGUGCGCAACCAGGCGGCAAGGGUCUUGUCAGCGGUGCUGGAAACGGCAACGCAUCAAACGAGGGUGCAGGCGAUAAGUUGGUCAACCAACAAGGACGGGGCUAUGACUUUGGCGGCGUCAAAGUGCCGACACCAGGCCCUUUGAGCGGGAGGAAGAGCUGCGAGCCCGCAGGAGGCUUGACCUGUCUGACAAGCGAGCCGUGGGGUAACGAGACGCUGAGGAAGGAUGGUGCUCUAUAG